ACUAUUGGUCUCAGCAUAACAACACUGUCACACAAAAAUCCUCUCGCAGCAGUAUUUGCAAUUGUCUUGUUUUCCUACCCUCGAAAUUUGUCAGUUCUUCUGUUUUGCCUUGUGUGUUUCUUUCAAUCUUGUCUAAGAUAGUGUCCACUGUUUGUGUAUCUCAGUGAUUAAAUGUAACUGCAAUCUCUUCUUCUUCUUUGUUGGUUUACUUCAGUCUGUUUCUGUUCCUUUUUCAAGGUUCCUUGCAGAAAAAUGUAAUUUUGGUUUCAGAUUAAGAUACCCUUUUUGCUUUUUAGUCAAUGCCCAAAUCCUUAAAAGUCCUCUGAACAUUCCCAUCAUGUUCUCGGUCAUGGAAUCUCGUUAAUCUAUAUGCCAGAUUCCCAUCUGGGUCCAACUACCUCAUCUUUGACCUUUCUGUUCUGUUGAUGAACAUUCUUCUCAGUGCUUCUAAAUUGUAGCAAAUGCAGAUUGUGAUGAUGGGUUUCCGUUAGUUGUGUUGGAUUGCCCUCCAUAGCUAUACAUUCAAAACUGAAUUUUGAUUAACCUUAGUUUUGAGUGUAUUAACUGUACCAUGUAACUGAAUGCUGCCAAUCUGCUUCUACUGUAUUGUUUCUGGGAGUUAGUUUGGCCUCUAUAGAUAGCAUAUGGAGGGUAAAGUAGAGAAAGGGGUGGUUUUGGAUCUAGGAUUUGUCAUGAGUGAGCGCUAGCCUUCAUUUUCAGCUUUGUGGAGAGUGUCUACUCUUCUCUAAGUGUUGACUUUAGCAUAAAUUCUGUAAUAUUCUUUGAGUUUCUCUUGAAUAUGUAAACCAAGUUCUUUUUGUUCAAUUAUUGACUUCUUUUGUUACUCAUAACAAUACACCCAAAAGUUGUUCAUAAAUUCUUUGAAAUGUAAAUUCUUCCACUGGAUUCAUUUAUUCAAUUUUCUUCAUUAAGGGCCUGAUGUACUAAAAAAUCAAAAAAUGAGUAUACCUUGUUCCACCUUUCUUGUUUUGGAUGAUAUGUAGGAUUCUGGUAUCCCUGCCCGGAGUUUUAUAGUGAUAUUUUCCUAUAUGCAGCUUUGAUCACUGUGUGAACCUCUAGAGCUCCUUUCAAGUACAUGUUUUUUGUUUCUUGUUCCUUUCUGUUACCCUUUAGAUCAAGAUUUAAGAUCAAUAUCAGUUCCUUUGUAUUGCAAGACUUUCAUGGAAGAAACAUUUGUUCCCUUACGUGGCAUUAAGAACGACCUCAAAGCAAGAAUUCCGUGCUAUAGACAAGAUUGGACUAGUGGAUUCCAAGCUGGAAUCAGGAUCCUUGCCCCAACUACAUACAUAUUUUUUGCUUCUGCAAUUCCUGUUAUUUCUUUUGGGGAGCAACUGGAGAGAAAUACUGAUGGAAGUCUCACUGCUGUGCAGACUCUUGCAUCAACUGCACUAUGCGGUAUUAUCCACUCAAUCAUUGGAGGGCAGCCUCUCCUCAUACUAGGUGUAGCUGAGCCAACAGUCCUGAUGUAUACAUUCAUGUAUAACUUUGCUAAGGAUCGCCAAGAUUUGGGACACAAACUAUUCCUACCUUGGACUGGAUGGGUCUGUGUUUGGACUGCCCUGUUGCUGUUCUUGCUGGCCGUUCUUGGUGCAUGCUCAAUAAUCAAUAGAUUCACACGCCUUGCUGGUGAAUUAUUUGGUCUGCUAAUUGCAAUGCUCUUUAUGCAGCAGGCUAUAAAGGGUCUUGUGGAAGAGUUUGGUGCACCCAAGAACCAGAGAGAAGGUACCAAUCAGAUUGCACUUCAAUCAUCUUGGCUAUUUGGCAAUGGAAUGUUUGCUUUAGUUUUGUCAUUUGGUCUUCUUUUUACUGGUCUUCAAAGCCGCAAGGCUAGAUCCUGGCGUUAUGGCUCAGGUUGGCUACGAGGAUUCAUAGCUGAUUAUGGAGUCCCACUAAUGGUCCUCAUAUGGACUGCCGUGUCUUACAUACCAGUCAAUGAGGUUCCAAGGGGAAUCCCUAGGCGACUUUUCAGUCCAAACCCAUGGUCUCCUGGUGCAUACUCAAAUUGGACUGUUGUCAAGGAAAUGUUGAAUGUGCCCCCCUUAUAUAUUGUUGGAGCAUUUAUACCAGCAACUAUGAUUGCUGUGCUUUACUACUUUGAUCACAGUGUUGCAUCACAACUUGCUCAGCAAAAGGAGUUCAAUCUAAGAAAACCCUCAUCUUAUCAUUAUGACUUGCUGCUCUUAGGAUUUUUGACCAUAUUGUGUGGACUUAUUGGAAUCCCUCCUUCCAAUGGUGUGAUUCCACAAUCUCCAAUGCAUACGAAGAGCUUGGCUACUCUAAAACAUCAGCUUUUACGGAAUAAGCUUGUAUCUACUGCACGAAAAAGCAUGCGGAGAAAUGUUAAUUUGAGCCAGUUAUACCAAAAUAUGAAAGAAGCAUAUGAUGAAAUUCAGACUCCAUUGGUUCCCCAAAUGCCAACUACAUUGGGGCUGAAAGAACUGAAGGAAUCUACUAUUGAACUGGCUUCAAGUCAAGGAUAUAUUGAUGCCCCUGUUGAUGAGGUUGUCUUUGAUGUGAAUAAGGAUGUGGAUGACCUUUUGCCAGUUGAAGUUAAAGAACAGCGCCUCAGCAAUCUACUGCAGGCAUUGAUGGUUGCGGCUUGUGUUGCUGCUAUGCCCGUUUUGAAGAAGAUACCAACUUCAGUGCUUUGGGGCUACUUUGCCUUCAUGGCCAUUGAAAGCUUGCCAGGAAAUCAAUUUUGGGAGAGAAUAUUGUAUCUUUUCACUGCUCCAAGUCGAAGAUACAUACUGUUGGAGGAAUACCAUGCCACCUUUGUUGAGACCGUGCCCUUCAAAACAAUUGCCAUGUUUACUGUGUUCCAGACAGUGUACUUGCUUCUCUGCUUCGGCAUAACCUGGAUACCAAUUGCUGGGGUUCUUUUCCCAUUGUUAAUCAUGCUUCUUGUCCCUGUACGGCAAUAUUUUCUUCCAAAGUUUUUCAAAGGUGCCCAUCUUCAAGAGCUGGAUGCAGCAGCAUACGAGGAAGCACCUGCUAUUGCUUUCAACAUGUCCUUUGAAGGUCCAAGUAGCCAGGCACCAACAAUCAAUAUCAGCGGUGGGGAAAUUCUUGAUGAAGUUAUUACGAGGAGUCGUGGUGAGUUUCGCCGCACUCAAAGCCCCAAAACAACAAGUUCAACUCCAACUUCAACAGGAGAUAUAAGACCAGCCAAUAGCCCUCAGUUAGCAAGGAGGAUUCCCAGCCCUCGAGUAACUGAAUUGAGAGGGGAAAGCAGCCUCAGACCAACCGGGAAGGAGAUCAAGUUAAUGCAAACACCUAGUCCACGGUCACCAGGUCUUGGAAAAGUUACCAAAGAUUUGCCUUGAACCUAUUGUUAGAAUUGAACUAAGUGGUGCUCUAGAGGUCAUGAACUUGGUUUUAUGAUAAAUUGUUGUAUUCUCAAUGUCUCCCUUUUCUUUAUACCAGUGUUUGUUGUUUGAUUGCAACAUUCUUAGCAAUAUAAAAUGGGCAGGGAUACUAUUGGAUGUUGUAGUAAUGUUGCUGUCUUGAAUUUUGGUUUGAUGUGGUUCAGGUGCUCUUAUAAAAUCAAUAAAGCGGUUUGCAAACUGGAAAAA